AUGGAGGAGGGAUAUCGAAUUGACCUGGACUACAUCACAGAGCGCAUCAUCAGUGUAUCUUUCCCCCAGGCAUGCCCAGACCAGACCUACCCCCAGAACCUGCGUGACAUCACACAGAUGCUCAAGUCCAAACACGGCCACAACUACAUAGUGAUUAACCUCUCAGAGAAGAAUGAUAGCCUGACCCAUAUUAACCCCAAGGUGUUGUUCACGGGCUGGCUGGACCUGCUGGCUCCGUCCCUGGAACAGAUGUGUGGUGUUUGUAAAACCAUGGAAAACUGGCUCCACUCACACGCACAGCAUGUACUGGUCAUACACUGCCGGGGUGGUCAAGGCAGAGUCAGGGUGAUGGUGGCCUGGUACAUCCACUUCAGCAGCAUAUCAGCCAGUGCAGACCUGGCUCUAGACCACUUUGCCAUGAGAAGGUUCUUCAACGAAGUGUCCUCGCUGAUGACUCCCUCACAGAAACGGUAUGUGUGGAUGUUCAGCAGUCUGCUAAUGGGAGCGAUGAAGAUGAAUGCCUCUCCUCUCUUCCUCCUCUGUGUUGUUCUUCAAGGCAUGCUCAACAUAAAUCCUGAGGGAGGAUGUCGCCUGUUCCUGAGAGUGUACCAGAGCCUGCAGGCCGUCUGCACCUCAGCAGUAUAUUACGUGCGACCAGUACAGAUAGACAGGGUAUACCUUGUACUGCAACCAGCUCAACUGCUGAAGGGAGACAUAAUGGUGGUGUGCUAUGAUAAAAAUCCUCAGACAGCCAGCCGAGAGGUUAUCUUCAGGCUCCAGCCUAAUUCAAUUAAUCUCUCUCUCUCUCAAUAUUAUGGAUGUUCAACUUCCCUCCCUUUUCCAGAUCCCAGGUUUCCUGACGAUGGAAAGGUUGAGUUGAUGUUCUCUGAGAGUCCUGAGAAGAUGCGGGGUAAUUCCCAUCCAGGUUGGCAAAAUGGACCCUCUGUCAUUGUGGACUAUGAUACCUUGGACCCCCUGGUUCGACGGGACUCCUAUGAGGACAUCUCUCCUGAUAUACUAGCUCAGCCUCAUAGCCCUGGCCUUGUCGAUGGCAGCCUUUACGCCAGAGUGAGGAAGAGGAGUAGUGACAAAGGAGAUGCUAUGUUUCCCCCGGCAACUAGUGGCCCUAUCCCCAGUGACCUCACCCUGUCAGCCAGCAAUGACUCAGGCCUCUCUAUUGCCUCCCAGUGGACAGGGGUUAUUACUGCAGUGAGCCCCAGGAGAGGGCCCAGUGAGGACGAACGUACACAGCUAAGGAGGCUUGUAUCUGGGGUCGACCUGGAACCAGCUCAGCCUCCUCUGGAGGACAUGACUAAGCUCCCAGCCUCCAGUAAUGAAGAGGGGAAGUUGGAUGGGGACGAGGAAGGGUUAGGGCAGCCUGUCAACGGGGGGGGCUUGCCCAGCGAGAGGGAGACAGACAUUCUAGAUAAUGAUGAAGAUAGCCCUGAGGCUAGCCCCGCCUUGGACAGGCACAGCUCGGCUAGCAUUGGCUCAUUCUCCUCUGAGAGCCUGCCUGAAGCCCAGCAAUUGGUCCAGAAUGGAAGUGGAUACGCCACCCCCUCCACCCAAUCAUGGGUGCAGCAGCAGCAGAUGGUCGACGCCCACCUGCACACUUACCCGCCCCCAGAGGGGGAGGACCAAACGGACAGGGGGCAGGACAGCCCUGUGGAUACACCUCCUCUGAUUGGUCCAGACACCCUGUCAGUUACAGACAUGCCCAAUAGGGGGACCAGCAGAAGAGAGUCGGUUCAGAGAAGAGUGGAGGGAGGGGUGAGGGUUGAGAGGUCGCCUGUGCAGACGGACAGCGACACACAUGCCACACACACUACACAUGCCACACACACCACACAUGUCACACACACUACACAUGCCACACACACCACACACGCCACACACACACCCUCGCCCUCAGGGGAACCCUGCGGGCAGGAGGAGCUUGCCUCGUUAGCAACAGACAUGGAUGAGUCCAUCGAGCAGCUCAAUCAGCUCAUCCUAGACCUGGACCCCACCUUCAUACCUGUCCCCACCCGACACACCCCCCUGACACUGUCCCACUCCGCCUCCCUCCACACCAAUGGGAUGAGCCAUACGACAACCCACGCCAACGCCAGCCAAUCAGAUUCCCGAAGUUUCCUGGACAGUAGUAUGAACCGCACUCCAGCCUCGUCGGAUGGAGAGCUUUUCUGCUCGGAAGUGUCCAUCACUCCCGCCGCCUGUCAGAGAAUGUUCAGCUCCAUGCACUCUGUAUCGUCAAGGAGCCCCGACCCACACAAAAACAACCAAACCCCACCUCCAGUGUGGCUGGACAGGACUCCUAUGUCCCUGUCCUCCCCGUUCAUCCCCCCUUCCUCUCCCUCUCUGUCUCCCCUCAGCCUCCCCAAUGCGCACAGAUCUCCCCUGGGGGUCCAGAGGGACCAGGAGGGGUCUGGGGGCCAAAGCCAGGGUGAGAGGAACCAGGGUGACCAAAGCCAGGGGUACUUAGUCUCUCUGCUGCUGGGGAAUGGAGUUCUGGGUCUGGAGGACAGCCUGUUGGAAGCCGUGGAGGGGCUGGGGGGCCUGAAUCUAGGCCUGGGGCUUGGAGAGGGCGGACUGGCGGGACUGCCACCCUUGCUGCCUGAGAAGAGGGUACCGGGGCUGGCUGGGUCCCAGUCCCCCUCUCUCAGUGGAUUCUCCAGCCCCCACAGUGGUAGUAGCCUCAGCAUCCCCUUCCCCUCAGCCAUGGCCCCUGCCCCUCUCAGAGGACUCAGCGCUGGUGGUGGUAGAGCCCCUUUGCCUGGAUCAGACCCGUUUUCCAGUAAGCAGGACACUGUGAAGUUUGUUCAGGACACGUCCAAAUUCUGGUACAAGCCUGACAUAUCUAGAGAUCAAGCCAUCGGUUUGCUGAAGGACAGAGAACCUGGAUCCUUCAUUGUCAGGGACAGUCACUCGUUCCGCGGAGCCUACGGAUUGGCUAUGAAGGUGGCCACACCUCCUCCCUCUGUCCUGACACAGAGCAAGAAAGUGGGUGGCGACCUAUCCAAUGAGCUGGUGAGGCACUUCCUGAUUGAGUGCACACAGAAAGGGGUGUGGCUUAAGGGCUGUCCCAAUGAACCCUACUUUGGAAGUCUGACUGCGUUGGUCUGUCAACAUUCCAUUACCCACUUGGCCCUGCCCUGCAACCUCAUCAUCCCCGACAGAGACCCUCUGGAAGAGACAAGUGAGCCUUCAACACAGUCAGUAACCAACUCUGCUGCUGAGCUACUCAAACAGGGAGCAGCUUGCAAUGUGUGGUUCCUGGGCUCAGUAGAGCUGGAGUCUUUGACAGGGUACCAGGCUGUGCAAAAGGCAGCCAGUCUGACUCUGGCCAUGGACUCUCCUCCAACCUCCACUGUGGUCCACUUCAAAGUCUCAGCCCAGGGCAUCACCCUCACCGACAAUCAGAGGAAGCUGUUCUUCAGGAGACACUACACUGUCAAUACCGUCAUAUUCUGUGCCCUUGACCCACAGGACCGCAAGUGGAAAAGAGAUGGCUGCUCCUCUGCUAAGAUCUUUGGUUUCGUGGCGAGGAAGUCGAUGACUGGGACAGAGAAUGUGUGUCACCUGUUUGCUGAACACGACCCCGAACAACCCGCCAGCGCCAUCGUCAACUUCAUCUCCAAGGUGAUGAUUGGAUCACUGAAGAAAUAAAACUUGGACACACACACAGUUUGUCCUGCUGGUACAUACUGCACUUAAAUGUUGAUGUAGAGAAGACUAAUGUGUUGCAUUAUGGCAUACUACCAGCAUAUUUUUAUUGUAUUUUAUUUGUAUUUAACCUUUAUUUAACUAGGCAAGUCAGUUAAGAACAAAUUCUUAUUUACG